GGCCAAGCCUGGUAGGGGUAAGCGAGAAAGGCGUGCGCCACUGUUCAUCAGCCCUAUCGUGUUUGAGAUUCUCCAUGCCCGGAGGCAUAACCCUGUUCGAAAGCGUCGGUAAUCUUCUUGGCGCAGCAGCGGCCACUGAGGGGGUAGACCGGUGCGUAGAGUUGGCCAUGGUCAGCCAGCCACCUGGGCAAAGGGUGCAAACAUACACGAAACAGGAAACUUCUCCAGGCCCCUGCUUCCGCAGUGAUUGUCAGCUAACCCCGCCGCAUGUAAGUGACACGCCACUGCUCGACUCCACCUCCGCUAUCGCUGCCACUUCCACAAGGCGCUUCUGCAGACCCUCCUCUUCUCUACGUAUGCCCGCCUCGGUACGACAACAACACUCCGCUGACCUGUCAUGCCGCGAACGCCUCCGCCGCCUUCGCGACAACCUCAUGUGCUACAGUUCCCCGAAGAGCGGGACAACCAGCCGCACAGGAACCUAGCCAGUCAACAGCACACAACAUCCCGCAAGCCCAACAAGCUGCAACACCAACAAAUGCGCUCGCAGACAAAGUUCCGCAAGCGCUCGGGAUGUCGCGGAGCUCAGCGUAUGAACAGGUCCUUCUCCGCGCCGGCCAGAGCAGCACGCCGCGUUAGCCAUCGUUUGCCAUCCAGCACCAGUGGGCAAGUUUCACCCGGCAGCGCGCGCGCCCCGGUCGUGGCGUGCAGAGCGCGCGGCCCGGGGCUCUGGCUCUGGCUCACGGCGCUGCCGAUGACGAUGCGCAUCGCGACUGGCGGCGCAGCGUGGCCGUCAGCCAGCCCUUCAGCCAGCCAGACAACCGGUUACGGUGCGCUGCCAGCGCAUGCGGCGAGCACGAGGCCAGUCAUACAGCACCGCAGCAACUUCCGCGGAUGCAGGCGUGCCCGCUUCAGGGAGUGCUUCUCGUGGGCUUCCAGGAGGGGUGGUGGCUAGCUCGGCAUGGGCUCGUAUGCAUCGCCAGUAAAUGAGACGCUGCAAGAGGAAAACGCGAGGAAGAGGCGUAGAUUUGAAAAGGGUUGACCGGUGCUGGAAGCGCUCACAACUAAUCCGUAAAGAGGUGGAGUCGCGAACUCGUCCAUCCCGAGGCGUCGGGAUUACCGCUGGCUAGCCCUACCCUCCUCGACGCGGAACCACCCCUGAUUGCUGGAAAAACCGGGUGACACUUGCUAAGCUGCCUAAAGUGGAGCGUGCGGAUGAGCCUCAAAAGGCCCAGGGUGCGCGUUUGCGGGGAGAGUCGCAAGCGAGCCCCCAAGCGAGUCCCUGGAGUGGCUUGGAAAUUCUUCGUACCCGUUUGUCAUCCUCCAUUCCUUCCCUGGGC